AUGACUUAUCCCACCCGCCAACUGUACUACGACGGCAAGCGUCAGAAUGCGACUUCCCAUUCAACUUUUCAGACCGUGGAUCCGGCAACCGCGAAGCCUGUAGGAGAAGUCCAAGCUGCUUCACACGCCGAUAUUGAUAAAGCUAUUGCUUCUGCACAAUCAGCUUUUCCAUCAUGGUCGACCACUCCUCCUAUCGAGAGAUCUCGUAUUCUUCUGAAAGCUGUUGCCCUUCUCCGGGAACGCAACGAUGAAAUCGCAAAGGUUGAGACUCAUGAUACUGGCAAGCCUUUCUCGGAAACCAGCACUGUGGAUGUCGUUACUGGUGCCGACGUGCUCGAAUACUAUGCCAACAUGGUUGCCUCUGGCGGAUUGAAUGGUGAGACUACUCAACUUCGCCCAGACGCAUGGGUCUACACCACCAAGAAUGCUUUGGGUGUCUGCGCAGGUAUUGGUGCUUGGAACUAUCCUAUUCAAAUCGCUCUCUGGAAGUCUGCACCUUGCCUCGCGGCAGGCAACUGCAUGGUUUACAAGCCCUCAGAGUUCACGCCUCUGCACGCACAGAUUCUGGCCGAGAUCUACACCGAGGCUGGCGUACCCGCUGGUGUCUUUAAUGUCGUCCAAGGAGCUGGAGACGUCGGUGCAUACCUGACUGCUCACCCCAAGAUUGCCAAAGUCAGUUUCACAGGUCAAGUCAGCACCGGCAUGAAGGUCGCCGGCUCCGCUGCUGGCAACAUGAAAUACGUAACCAUGGAACUCGGCGGCAAGUCACCCCUAAUCAUCCUGCCUGACUGCCCCGUCGAGAACGCGGUCGACGGCGCCAUGAUGGCAAACUUCUUCUCCACCGGUCAAGUCUGCACAAACGGCACCCGUGUCUUCGUACCCAGAAAAAUAGUACCCGCAUUCGAAAAGCGUCUCCUCCAGAAAAUGGAAUACGUCCGCGCAGGCGACGUCAUGGACCCAAACACCAACUUCGGCCCUCUAGUCAGCAAAGUUCACUACCAAAAAGUGCUCGACUACAUCCGACACGGUGUGCAAGAAGACAAGGCCAAACUCAUCUACGGCGGCGCCGAAAAGCCCUCUUUCUCCGGUGCAAGCUCAGAGGGCUUCUGGGUUAAGCCCACAAUCUUCACAAACUGUACUGAUGACAUGCGUAUCGUGAAGGAAGAAAUCUUUGGGCCUGUCAUGUCGAUUCUUGCCUACGAUACCGUGGAGGAGGUUGUCAAGCGUGCAAACGAUACACCCAUGGGCUUGGCCGCCGGUGUCUUUUCGAACGAUAUCAAUGCCGCUCACAAGAUUGUCGCCCAACUGCAGGCCGGUAUCACAUGGGUCAACACUUGGGGCGAGAGUCCCGCCGAGAUGCCCGUGGGUGGUUGGAAGCUCAGUGGUGUUGGUGUGGAGAACGGCCGCAAGGGCCUCGAGGCAUGGGUCAAGAAUAAGAGCACUCUGGUCGAGAUGGGUGGUGUUGUUGGCACUGUCUUUGCCAAGCUGUGA